AUGGUAACUAAUCAUCCUGAUAUAGCUGGUAUUUAUCACAAUCUCGGCUGUGCACAAGGUAACAAAGGUGAACUUAACGAAGCAGCUGCUUCGUUCACUCAAGCUCUUGAUAUACGUAAAGCUGUUGAUAUGAACCAACCAGACGUUGCACGUACUCUGAAUAGUCUUGGUAUUGUACAUGGCGAAAAAGGCGAAUACACAAAGGCAAUGAAUAAGUUUAAACAAGCUCUUGAGAUACAUACAACGCCUUCCGCGAGAUCAUCCUAUGGAGGCUAA